GGAGGAAGAAGAGGAAGAAGAAGAAGAGAGCCGCCAUCUUCGUGAGGUCGAGAUCUGCAGCGCAGUGCAGAGCAGGAUGCCGAGACAUUGCUCAGCAGGCGGCUGCAAAUCUCGGGACAACCGUGAGACUCGUAGCGCUGGAAUCACCUUUCACAAAUUACCAAAAGGAGCAACUCGGAGGAACCUUUGGAUCACAAACUCCCACCGGCGGACAUCCUGGGAUCCUCAGACGGACUUCGUCUACUUCUGCUCCAAACACUUCAGCCCGGACAGCUUUGAGCUGACUGGAUCCUGCAGCGGGAUCAGAAGACUAAAGGAAGAUGCAUUUCCUACAGUGUUUGAGUCUUCAUCAACGACCAAAUGCAAACGAGCAGGACCAGCUCAGAGACUGAGAGGACAGUCCUGUCAGGAAGAGUCAGCGCUCAGGCGACCAGGAGGACGCUCAGCGAGAGACAGACGGGGGUCAGACGUCAGAAGAAGUCCCAGUUCAGAGGUCAGCGGCCUUCUGCCCCCCCCUCCGGGCUUCUACCUGCCCAAGGAGCACAGCAACGCUCAGCUCUGUCCUCUGCUGUGGAGGAGACGGUACGACCAGGCCAUCGACUGCCUGGAGAAGGCCCUGCGACAGCUGCACGCUGCCAGGCGGAGGGAGAACCGCCUGCGGAGCACCGUGCUGAAGCUCCGGGAUAAACGGCUGAAGCACACUCUGCUCGUCUCACAGGACGCUGGGAAACACAAGGGGGGGACGCAAGGCGGGGAGAAGAGACGAGGAAACAAGGUUCUAACCAGGAGGAGAGCGAGACCGACGCUAAGUCUGAGGACGCCGUGGUGUUUGAGGACAGAGGUUGUGGAUCAGUUGGAGUUGGGGCUUCCGGACACUAACAGUUGGUCUGAGGAGGGACGCUGCUUCUACUGUGGAAGAGGGCAGGCGGGCGGGCAGGUAGCACACAGAGGUUCAAAGACCGGGAAAGAUGUCCGACCCACAGUUCACGAUGAGGACUCUCUGAAGAUUCGGAGAAGUGUUGAAACCAAGGACAACGCCAAGGACAUACUGGAAAGACUACCAGGGAAAAGGGUAGAAACCGCUGACUCAAAUCCUCCAGGUCUUCAACAUGUGUCUCUGCCUAAUAGUCAUGAGCAGAGUUUGCUUUUAUUAGGCUCCCAGCAGAAGCUCUCUGAAGUGUGUGAUGGAGAGACUGAAGCUGUGGGUCCGGAGCAUCAGCUGGACCAGGACCAGGACCAGGACCAGGACCAGGACCAGGACCAGGACCAGGACCAGGACCAGGACCAGCAGCAGCAGCAGCAGCAGCUGUUCUGGAUCCAGGACAGUGCUGAGGGACAGGUCAUUCUGGUGCCUGUCCCUACUGAAGACGGAUUACAAAGCUUUCUCAAGAUGGAGGGAGCUGAUGACGAAGCACAAGCCGUACUGGUGUCAGAACUGGAUGUUAAAGGAGACUCGAGACACAUCAUGACAGAGAACAGCAGAGGUCUUCUGUCCAGAGGGGAAACGGUGAACUCCACGCCGGGGGAGACGGGAGAAGACGUGAGGGAGAAACUGAAAGAACACCUGGAGGGAUUUCACCUUCAGCUGAGCACCGAGUUCAUUAACUGACGGGAUGUUCUGAACCACAUCUCAUCAGUCUGUUACCUGAAUGAUUCAUUAAUGCCAGUCUUAGUUCAAUAUGCUGUUGGUGUAGACCUGAAUAUAGAUUUCAGAGUAAUAUAUGACACCACUUAAGGGACUCUAUGUAAGAAUCAGAAAUUGCUUGUUAACAGUGACCUGUAGUCGACGGUCAGCGUCCUGUUGCUCGUGCUACGUAGAAGCGGUGACCAUCGGUCACAACAAUGAGGCAACACAAUUGUUUUGCCAGACGGGCUUCACUACAUAGAACUUUGCAUUUUUUGUGCUUCUGUGGAGUUUUGUGUUGGAGGUCUGAGUUGUGAUGGGGGGUUGGGGAGCUGGUCGUUCGUUGGCGUCGACUCCAUUUCUAACUGAACGUUAGCUACGGUUGCUCACUGUUAGCCCAGUAAGCAGAGCUGAAAAUUAGGGAUGCACCAAUACCAAUACCAGUAUCCCUUUGUCUCGUAAUAUUCUGACUUUAUUGUGUAAAUCUCAGAUGUGUUUUCCCUCAAUGUGGUCCUAAUACUCCGUAGUACAUUGUCUCUUUGGCCCUCACUGCAUUAGACUUAUAUACUAUAUACUGAGACUAUAAACUGUGUUACCUUCAUCACAGUGAUCACAUGAUUUGUGACUCCAGACACAUUUAUUUUGGGGGUUUUUGCCUAAAAAUGUCUCUUUAGAUAGUAAAGGUUGCUGACACCCUGACCCCUGACCCCUGACCCCGGGACUAGUCUGUAGCUCUGCCAUGAAAUAUCUUCAUGAAUUUCUGAUUUUGACAUUCACCAGCGAUGAUCUAAAAUAUUUGAGUUGAACUUCAAAGAGCCAACUUUAAGUAUUUAAUCACUGCGUUACAAUAUGUCAGAGUAAAUGUGAUUUAAUGUUGAACUCCAGUCGUCAACAGGAGAACCGACGGUGAGGACACAGUCCCGGUAAAGUAGUGCAGCUGAUGCAACGCUGCUCCUGGAGAAGUUCCUCCGGGGUCAGAUCGCUCCGCUCAGAAAUACAUUUGCCCACUUUUCCUUUUCGGCAGUGCUAUACGUAGGAAUGGUUCAGAGUUAUUGUGCGUUGCAUUUUGGAGGAUGAUCACAUGCAUGUGGUCAGUAGCGGAGAGCCAGUGACCCAGCCUACCUCUCAGGUUACAGCCUAUAUAUAACACCCCCCCUCUCCCUCCUCCCUCCUCCCUCUCCGGCACAACUUCCCUGGAAGCUCCCUCUCCUUCCACACUGGUCCCUGGCAUUCUCCGCUGUCACCGGAGAUCCUCCUCCGCAUUUCACUGUUUACCCGCCAUCCCGCCUGUCAGCCGUCCGAGACCUUUUCUAUUCAACGCCACCAUCUCUGCCUUCCUCCAGCCGGCUCUCUCUGGGGGAUCAAGGGGUGUCUGGAGGUCUGGAGGUCUGAGCUGAGAGGGGCUGCAGAGGAGGACUCACAUCCUCUGACUCUCCUUUUCUUCUUCUUGCUUUGGGAGUUUUGGUUGAAUCUGACAGACAGGAGUGGGGGGGGGGGGGGGGGGGGGGGGGUGUUUUGGAGGACUCCCACACCAUGGAUCAGUCUUUGUUUGGAUGUCUACGCAGCCCUCAUGCCCGGCCCAGGGCCUGCACCCCGCCGCCACCCAACUGACCCUGGACCCUGCACGGCCGGAGCCGACCACGUCUCCCAGCUGGAUCUCCCCAGCUCUUCUCCCCCUGCUGCUACUCUGGAGGACAGGACAAUGGAGUGUUUGGUGGCACAGCCCACCGAGGCCACCUGCCUCAGCAGCAGCGGCAGCACCCUCAGCACCCUCAGCACCCUCAGCACCCGCCCGGCUGGCCCGUCCCCCCGCAGAUGCUCUCACCUGACACCCGGCACAGCGUUUCUCCUUGCCACCGCUCGAGGCCACAGCCCGGACCUGUGCUCGGGGGGCUCCAACCUGUGUGGCUCUGACCCCGGUCCGGGCGGGUGGUGACCACGGUGGUGACCCCGUGGGGGCGUCCUGUGUGUCUGGGGAAUAUGGCCGGCAGAGUCUGUCUUCAGAGGAGCCAGACAGAAGCAGUAGUAAAGGCAGGACUGACAGCUCAGGUAAGAUCACAACGUCCGUUUACCUUUGAACCCCCGAGAAGCUGUAUGAUACAGAGCUCACAGGUUCACUCUCUCUGCCCUGCAAAGAGAUUUAUCUUUUAAUGUUUCCUGAAUGAAAUAAGUUUUCUGCUUUUACAUCCUUUGUAUGCAAGUUCCAAACUAAUUUUCUUUUUAAUGUGUUUUGCUUGUUUUUUUUUUGCUUUUACACUGCAAAAAAUAAAUAAAUCCAUCUUAACGAUUA